GGGGCUCGAACUCAUGGAACAUGAGAUCAUGACCUGAGCCGGAGUCGGACGCUUAACUGACUGGGCCACCCAGGUGCCCCGACAAAACAUUUUCAACAUGAAAGUUCCCCACAUCUAUUCAUUUGAUGAAAAUCAUCUUUAUUUUUCUGGAGCAAAUAGUGUUAAUGGGAAGCACCUACCCUUAACUGCAAAAAUGUAAGAGGGUUUCAUUUGGUUUUGUUUAAUGCUAAAUCUAUCUUUUUCAGCAUUGCUUUAAAACUUACAAAUGUAUAAUUAUAUGCUCACUAAGGAAUAUGUGCUCCUACUCAAAUGGGUAUUUUUCCUGCGUAAUAAAGGAUUUAUUCUUUCAAAUUGUUUUUUGUCCUGAAAAUGUGAUUUAAGCUUAUUUGAAGAAUAAACUUUAAACCCAGGUCAAAAACGUAAUCACAAGUUCAUUCUUUUGUCCUUCUAACUUUAGAAAAAGGAGAGAGAAGAGUAGUGAUUAGUGGUUUUGUAAGUUCUUCUGUUUGACUCUUAAGAAUGCUUCAAACUGUUCUUCCCUGACAUUAGAUAUGCUGGUAAUUGAAGACACUGGUGCUUUGUGUCAAAGUUCAUCCCCUACCAAAGUGCUGAUUCCAUGCCUCAUGAUAAUCAGAUGCCACUGUAGUUUGAAUCGUGGGGUCAUGCAGAACUGAAGCUUACAGAGUGUAUAUUUGCCUUCUGAAUUUCAUGUGCGUAACAUUAUUUUAGCUGUCAACCAUAUGCCAAAGAAGCUUACUUUUCGUAGAAGAAAUCAUAAGCAAACUGGUUGCAUUUACAUUUUAAAAUCAAAUUAUUAGCCAAGUCACUAGUCUCGGUCUGAGUAAACAUUAUAACAAACAUUCAGAGCGCUUUAUGUACUUGUAGAUAGGUAGAAACAGAAUGAAGUUGAUCUUUGGAUAGAGUUUUGAUGCUUUCAUCACAACUCCUCAUGGCUGCCUCAUGGGUGAGUUUUCUGUCAUUAGUAGGCAUUGUUUACAUCACAGUUAACUAGGCAGUUCUCAUCAGUCUGUGUGCUGGGCAACCAAAUGUUGUAGUUCUCUUCAAGGCAUCACAGCAUUUUGUGCUGAGCUUGCCUGUAAGCAAAAGGAUUUGUAGACUAUGUUCCCAACAAGCAUUCAGUGAAAGAAUGGACAGGAUCUGGACUGAGCGAGAAGAAAAAUUCCAGCUGAUCAAAAACAAACAAGUUUUCUAAGGUCUGUAUCCUCCUCAUCCCAGAUGGCCCUCGUUCUGCAGGCUGGCGUGAACACAUGGAACGACGGCGAAGGUUUGAGUUUGAUUUUCGAGAUCGGGAUGAUGAACGGGGUUACCGAAGGGUGCGCUCUGGCAGUGGAAGCAUGGACGAUGACCGGGACAGCUUGCCCGAAUGGUGCCUAGAGGAUGCUGAAGAAGAGAUGGGCACAUUUGACUCCUCCGGAGCGUUCCUCUCUCUGAAGAAAGUCCAGAAAGAGCCGAUUCCAGAAGAGCAGGAGAUGGACUUCCGGCCUGUAGAGGAAGCAGGGGAGUGCUCUGAUUCUGAGAGCAGCCAUAAUGAAGAAGCCAAAGAACCUGAUAAGACAAAUAGGAAAGAGGGAGAGAAGACAGAUAGAGUAGGAGUUGAAGCUAGUGAGGAGACAUCCCAGACCUCAUCAUCAUCUGCUAGACCAGGUACUCCUUCAGACCAUCAGCCUCAGGAAGCACCACAGUUUGAGAGGAAAGAGGAACCCCAAACUGAGCAAACAGAAAAAGCUGAGGAGGAGGGUCAGACGGAAAAUAGCCUGCCAACCAAAGUGCCCAGCAGAGGGGAUGAAACGGUUUCUGAUGUCCAGCAGUCCCUGUCCCAGAUUCCUUCAGAUGCAGCCUCUCCCCUUCUCAUACUUCCACCUCCUGUUCCCAGUCCUCGUCCUGCCCUGCGGCCAGUUGAAACGCCGGUCGUAGGUGCUCCUGGUAUGGGCAGUGUGUCCACAGAACCAGAUGAUGAAGAGGGCCUCAAACAUUUGGAGCAGCAAGCUGAGAAGAUGGUGGCUUAUCUCCAAGAUAGCGCACUAGAUGAUGAGAGAUUGGCAUCAAAACUGCAAGAGCACAGAGCUAAGGGAGUCUCAAUUCCAUUGAUGCACGAAGCAAUGCAGAAGUGGUAUUACAAAGAUCCUCAGGGAGAAAUUCAAGGUCCCUUCAAUAAUCAGGAGAUGGCGGAAUGGUUUCAGGCGGGCUAUUUUACCAUGUCUUUAUUGGUGAAGAGAGCGUGUGAUGAAAGCUUCCAACCUCUUGGUGAUAUCAUGAAAAUGUGGGGAAGGGUUCCCUUCUCUCCCGGUCCAGCUCCCCCUCCUCAUAUGGGAGAGUUGGACCAGGAACGACUGACCAGGCAGCAGGAGCUCACGGCCUUGUACCAGAUGCAGCACCUUCAGUACCAGCAGUUCUUGAUACAACAACAAUAUGCGCAGGUUUUGGCUCAACAACAGAAAGCAGCCCUGUCUUCGCAGCAGCAGCAACAGUUGGCACUUCUUCUCCAACAGUUCCAGGCUCUGAAGAUGAGAAUAUCUGAUCAGAACAUCAUUCCUUCAGUAACUAGGUCUGUGUCAGUGCCAGAUACUGGUUCUAUCUGGGAGCUUCAGCCAACAACCUCACAGCCUACAGUUUGGGAAGGUGGUAGUGUAUGGGAUCUUCCCCUUGACACCACGACUCCAGGACCUGCCCUUGAACAGCUUCAGCAGAUGGAGAAGGCCAAAGCUGCAAAGCUAGAACAGGAGAGAAGAGAGGCAGAAAUGAGGGCAAAACGGGAAGAGGAGGAGCGAAAGAGGCAAGAAGAACUCCGGAGACAACAGGAGGAAAUCCUUCGGAGGCAGCAGGAGGAAGAAAGGAAGAGGCGGGAAGAGGAAGAGCUCGCCCGAAGGAAACAGGAAGAAGCUCUGCGACGUCAAAGGGAGCAAGAAAUUGCAUUAAGGCGACAGCGAGAAGAGGAAGAAAGACAACAGCAAGAAGAAGCUCUUAGGAGACUGGAAGAGAGAAGGAGAGAAGAGGAGGAAAGGCGGAAGCAGGAGGAGUUGUUACGCAAGCAGGAGGAGGAGGCUGCAAAAUGGGCCCGGGAAGAAGAAGAAGCCCAGCGUCGAUUAGAGGAGAACCGGCUGAGAAUGGAAGAGGAGGCGGCCCGACUCCGGCAUGAAGAGGAGGAGCGGAAGAGGAAGGAGCUGGAGCUGCAGCGGCAGAAGGAGUUAAUGCGCCAGAGGCAGCAGCAGCAAGAGGCCCUCCGGAGGCUGCAGCAGCAGCAGCAGCAGCAGCAGCUAGCGCAAAUGAAGCUUCCCUCUUCUUCCACGUGGGGCCAGCAGUCCAAUACAACAGCAUGUCAGUCCCAGGCAACGCUGUCAUUGGCUGAAAUCCAAAAACUAGAAGAGGAACGAGAACGGCAGCUUCGAGAAGAGCAAAGGCGGCAGCAGAGGGAAUUGAUGAAAGCUCUCCAGCAGCAGCAGCAGCAGCAGCAGCAAAAACUCUCAGGUUGGGGGAAUGUCAGCAAACCUGCAGGUACUGCGAAGUCUCUUCUAGAGAUACAGCAGGAAGAAGCCAGGCAGAUGCAGAAGCAACAGCAGCAGCAGCAGCACCAGCAACCAAACAGAGCCCGGAACAAUACGCAUUCCAACUUGCACACCAGCAUUGGGAAUUCUGUUUGGGGCUCUAUAAAUACUGGUCCCCCUAAUCAGUGGGCGUCUGACCUAGUCAGUAGUAUCUGGAGUAAUGCAGACACUAAAAACUCCAACAUGGGAUUCUGGGAUGAUGCAGUGAAAGAGGUGGGACCUAGGAAUUCUACAAAUAAAAAUAAAAACAACGCCAGUCUCAGUAAAUCUGUAGGUGUGUCUAACCGGCAGAAUAAGAAAGUAGAAGAAGAAGAAAAGUUGCUGAAGCUCUUUCAGGGAGUAAAUAAAGCCCAAGAUGGAUUUACCCAGUGGUGUGAACAGAUGCUUCAUGCCCUUAAUACGGCAAAUAACUUGGAUGUUCCCACAUUUGUUUCUUUCCUGAAAGAAGUAGAAUCUCCUUAUGAGGUCCAUGAUUAUAUUAGGGCCUAUCUAGGAGAUACAUCUGAGGCCAAGGAGUUUGCCAAGCAGUUCCUCGAGCGCCGUGCCAAACAGAAAGCCAACCAACGGCAGCAGCAGCAACAGCAGCAGCAGCAGCAGCAGCAGCAGCAGCAGCAGCAACAGCAGCAGCAGCAGCAGGACUCUGUGUGGGGAAUGAAUCACAGUGCACUCCAUUCAGUAUUUCAGACCAAUCAAAGCAACAACCAACAAUCCAAUUUUGAGGCCGUACAAAGUGGCAAGAAGAAGAAAAAGCAGAAGAUGGUCCGAGCGGAUCCCAGUUUAUUAGGGUUUUCAGUCAAUGCUUCAUCAGAGCGACUCAAUAUGGGUGAAAUCGAGACUUUGGAUGACUACUGAGCACCUGCCAGUGGACUGGCCUUCCUUCUCCUCUCUGCUGACCAUGGAUUCUCCACCUUUGGACACAACACUUACUCACCAUUUACUCUUUAUCACUCUGCAACAAAUCACAGAACCGAUCAUCUCAGGCUUUUUCUUCUAGCCCUUUGUGUCCAAAAUUCUUUAAAUUGUUUUUGUUGGUGAGCAUCUCAGACUAGAUAAGUGGACUGGACCCUGUGUCUUGGGGGUGGCAGUGGGGAUUCCUCCCCAACAAGGCUGAUUUUGGGCAGCACCUGUUUACUGUGCCGUGAUUUCAUCUACUGUGUCCCAGAAAGUUGUUGGGAUCUGCCAAUAGCUAUUUACUUUCUUAUGUCACUUUUUUCCCUCCUAUUUUCUUUUUCUUCUUUUUAACUCCCCGUAAGAGCAAGGGGUCUAACUGGUGCAAUCGUGAAAAGAGUUAAUGGUAACAGACAUUGGCCAGCCACACAAUGCCAUGAACUGUGACUUGAGUGUCCAACAAGACAGUCAGAGCACCCCCAGUCUGAAGGUUGCAUUGCCACUGUUAACUCUGGGAUUGCAUCAAAGAGGCCCUGAGUGGGGUGGAGUUUAGAUUGGAUUGGUUUGAUGUUGCACACCCCUCGCCUGUUCUUUCUGAGCAUCCUUUCGGAGAAAGGAUUCAUGUUUUUCUUCAUUAGGUAGUGACUUCCAAGCAAGCUGACUUCUCCCUUGGCAUACUCCAACCUGAUUGGACAAAGGAAACUCUAUGGCCUGGGAGAAGAACUUAUUCUUAAUUUUUCCUUUCUUACAAAAACUGAUUUUUCCCAUAAAUAUUUUUACUUCAGAGGACUAGGACCAGUUUGUUUUGGGCCUUUCUGCUGAAAAUUUGUCUCGUUUAAGAGGCAGCUAGGAUCUUUACCAUAUGUAUGAAUUUGUAUAAUUUCAUUUUGGAUAGGGAUAAACUUUUGCUUCUGAUAAAAGCCCGGAAUUUCAUCUGGUUCCUCAGAGCAUUGUGUGUGUGUCUUGCUGUGGCCCCAAAAGGUUCUGUUUAAAGAUUCUGGAAUGGCAAGUUGCUUGCCUUUUCCGAAAAGAAAACAUACAAAACCUGACCAUCUUUAAGACCUUCAUCCAUGGAAACCACUACACAGGAGAAUGCAGUGGGGUGGAGGGGAUGGGAGAGAAUGGGGGAGAGAAGCCUGGCUUUGGCUUCUGAUCAUGGCCCCCUAAUACCCCUUCACUUCAGUUACAGACGUAUUCAAGCCCUAUUUAUAAACAAGUACUCUUCCUGCCUCCCUCAGCCCCCCACAGAACAUCACCUGGAAUUGCCAAUCACACUUUGGUCUGGAGCCAUUGGACCGUCCGUCCCUGUGUGAGAAGUGCUGUGGUUCGGUGGCUCCUAGUCGAGCACCUUUUCUUUCUGUCAUCAUUGCCUGAAGAAGGCUGGAGUUGCUCUGAGAGCAGUUUGGUUUUGGCUGAUUAUAUUUGGUUUCUAUUUUUAUUCUUUUGGGUCACCAUUCUCCCUAUCCCUUCUUGCCUUCCUCCCUCCCUCCCAAACAUGUACAAUAACUAUACAGAGACUGCUACAAACUUGUAUAUAGUUUUUGGAUCAAAUAGCAUGAGGAGAUGGGGAACCAUUCAAACUUGGGACUCCUGCUCUCCUUUGCUUUGUAAAUUCAAAAGUGGGGGGUGGGGAAGAGGGAUAGUUAAAAUGUUUACAAAACUUUAAGCUCCCUCGGAACUUUUGCCAGUGUGGAGGAAAAUAAAAAAGAACUUAAAUAAAACAUGGUGGUAUUCUGUCUGA